GGAUUGGACACUUCCUCUUCUGGUUCCUGAGGAGCGAGAUUGCGCAAUCCAUGCACUACCAGCAGAGGUUUGCCGUGAUCUUGGAGGCGUAUCUGAGAGGGUGUGGCAAAGCGAUGCUGAAGGACUUCCUCAGGCAGGUCCAAGUGACGGAGCUGCUGCACAAGGUCACCCGGGAGAUCAAGGCCAUCUCCGCAGAGAAGUACGACGUUACCCCUCAAGUCAUCGCGCAGCUGAAACAAAAACUUGAGAGGCUACAGGACAAUAGGUUUCCAGAAUGUUUCAGGGUUCCCUACGACCCCGGACUGAAAGCAGGAGCAUUGUUGAUCGAAAAAUGCAAAGUAAUGGCUUCCAAGAAAAAACCUCUGUGGCUAGAAUUCAAAUGCGCGGAUCCAACCUCUCUGUCCAGCGAAACCAUCGGCAUCAUCUUCAAACACGGUGAUGAUCUGAGGCAGGAUAUGCUCAUUUUACAGUUUCAGGCCGCCGUGGAGCGGUUUGUGUAUUCUUGUGCCGGAUAUUGUGUGGCAACCUUCGUACUUGGGAUAGGAGAUCGGCAUAACGACAAUAUUAUGAUCACAGCAUCAGGUAAUCUCUUCCAUAUCGACUUUGGCCAUAUUCUUGGAAAUUACAAAAGCUUCCUUGGGAUUAAUAAGGAGAGAGUUCCUUUUGUCCUGACACCCGAUUUCCUUUUCGUCAUGGGGACAUCGGGGAAAAAAACCAGCCUGCGCUUUCAGAAUUUCCAGGUAAGCUGCCCACCAAAUCAACCUCGGGGAUGGGNGGCCCGCUGCAACGCCGCCAGCCGCCCGCAGCUCGACGGCGCCCCCGCCGAGGCCCGCGGGGUCAACUUCUCGCCCGAGCCGCUGCAGAGCCCCUCCGAGAGCAGCGCCGAGGAAGAUCAGGAGGAGGAAGAGGAGGAGGAGGAGGAAUUCACCGCUGGUUUGCGUGGCAUAGCAGAUUUCCGCCCCGCCUCUGUUCUACUUACCAGGGCUACCGUAGAAGCUAAGCAGCUGAGCUUCAAAUUGCUGCAUUUUGAACACGGCGCGUUAGGCCCGCCCGCGGGAAAACACACGCCCAUCGAACCGGUUGUUAAAAACCAGUUGCAUCCCACCACCGAUGUCCAUACUCCGUAA